AUACAAUGGCUAGAUUUAAGAAAUGCACAGAAAAAGAUAUAUCUGUAUUACUUGAAACAAGUUCUGACUCAAUUGUUGAAGAAUUGGAUAAAUCCUAUGUUCCAAAAAAGAGUAGAGAUUCUUUUGACCUUUCCGAUUCUGACAAUAUCUUUGAGAAUAAUAAACUUUUCUUAUUACAAACUAAUGCAUUACAAAAGGAGCAAGCUUCUUUACGUCUGAAGUUAAGACGCUCUACAGAACAAAGUAUGUAUAAGAUAGAUACUGAAUCAGAAGAUGAAAAAUCUAAGAGAUUAACUAGAAAUACAAAACGUCACUUGAAAAGUUUGCAUAAUGAAAAUCAAAUGUCACGUAAGGAUGCAAGAAUUAGAAAAUUACCUAAAAGAUAUUCAGAUUAUAAGUGUUCUUUUAAAUCACAAGUAUCUGUUUUACAGAGAGAUCAGAUUAAUUACAAUAAAAAGAAACUAUUGUUAGAUUCAUUUGAUACUAUUAAUAUAAGAAAAAAAGAAACUAAUAAGCAUGUAGUCAAAAGUGAUGAUUCAGAUUGCAUUUGUAUUGAUUUUAUUCCAAAAACAUCAUCUACAAAAUCAAGAUCAAAACUUAAUAAACAAAAUCACAUUUAUUCUAUAGAAGAUAUCAAUAAUACUACUCCCAAAGUUCAUAGAACUAGAUCAAAAUAUACAUUUCUCUCUGUAGAUGAAGAAUUAAAAAAAGUAUCACCUAAUAACAAAACAUAUCUUGAAAUAGAUGCAAGACAAAAUAUUUCAUUUGAAGAUACGCCUAAAACAUCAAGAAUUCAGAAGAAUACUCGUAAAUCUAUUUUAAAUAUAUCUAAUCAAUAUGAAUCAAUACACAAAGGUGAGAAUAAGACUGAUAAGGUAGAAGUUAUACACAAAGUUGGUAAAAAUUUAUCUAUAAAAACUAAUCAAAGAAACGAAGCUAUUGAUACCUUAGUGGUACAAAAUGAUUUAAGUACUCCAAAAAUGAAUGUAUUGAAGCAGAGUACUUUGAAACCAUCUAUGAAAAUGAGAGCUGAUAUCCUAGCUAAACCAGUUACACCAUUGCAAGAAAUCAGAACUAAGUUGCAUGUCAGUGCAGUGCCUAAGUCAUUACCUUGCAGAGAAGAAGAGUUUAAUAAUAUUUAUACAUUUCUAGAAAGCAAAUUAAUGGAUAAUAGUGGAGGAAGUAUUUAUAUAAAUGGUGUCCCAGGUACAGGAAAGACUGCUACUGUAAAUGAGAUUGUGAAAUGUCUAAAGAGAUCAGUCGAAAAAGGUAAAUUAAAUCGUUUCGAUUUUGUUGAGAUUAAUGGUAUGAAAUUAUCCGAGCCCCGGCAAGCCUAUGUACAAAUUUUAAAGCAAUUAUCUGGAAAAGUUUCAACAUGGGAACAAGCAUAUAAUAUGUUAGAAAAAAAAUUUAAUAGCAGUGCUAAAAGGCCAAUGACAUUGCUACUUGUAGAUGAGCUUGAUUUAUUAUGUACAAAACGACAGGACGUAAUAUAUAAUCUUUUGGACUGGCCUACAAAAGCUUCUGCUCGAUUAGUAGUCAUUACUAUUGCUAAUACUAUGGAUCUUCCAGAAAGAGUUUUAAUGGGUAAAGUGACGUCGCGAUUAGGUCUUACUCGAGUAACUUUCGAACCAUACAAUUAUAAACAAUUGUAUGAGAUAAUAUUAAUCAGACUUAAAAACACAGACAUUUUUGAAAAUGAAAUUAUACAAUUAAUUGCACGUAAAGUAUCUGCAGUAUCAGGCGAUGCUCGCCGCGCUUUGGACAUUUGUCGUCGAGUGGCAGAAAUUACUGAAACACGCAAUAAUACUACAGUAAGCGUACAAGAUGUAAAUGAAGCUUUAUCGGAGAUGAUAAUAAAUCCAAAAGUUCAAGCGAUAAAACAUUGCUCAAAAUUCGAGCAAAUAUUUUUGCAAGCCGUUUGUGUAGAAGUUAAACGAAUUGGCGUGGAAGAAGUUUGUUUUAUGAAUGUUUAUAGACAAUUUGAAUCUUUGUGCUCCUUUGAUGGUUACAAAACACCUAAUAUUACUCAAACUCUUGAUAUUUGCGCAAAACUGGGCGAUUAUAGAUUGCUAAUAUGCGAAUAUGCAAGUAACGAUAUACAUAAAAAACUUCUAUUAAACAUAUCAAAGGAUGAGUUGCAUUAUGCGCUACAAAAAAUUAAUUUUGAUUAAAAAUAUGCAAAAUAU